AUGCAGCUGGACCUGCCAGCACAGAAACCAGUUCCUAGAGAGUCAUCAGGAAUCACCUGCUCAUCCUCCAUCUCUCUCCACAGGUCUGUUUCUUGUCAUUUUCUGCAGCCGGUGUUCUUUGUUUGUCUGUGGAAAUGGUGCAGAUUGACAGCAUCCCAGCCCACAGUCUACAACACUUCUUAUUUCCCAGCUGCAGCACCACAAGCUAGUGACUCAGGGUCCUGGUUCCAAGUCGUGGGAAGGAACCUCGUGGUCCACCUGGACCAGGUGUCCACCCCUUGUCCUGAUGGCUUUUGCCAGAAAAGGCAGGUGUGUGUUCUCUUUGGGACCUGCCUGGGAGAGCUGACAACUGCGAUGGCCCCUCUGUGGCCCUGCAUCCUGCUGGCUGCCUCAGGAAUUCUAGCUAUGGAUACACCUCAUCCCAGGAAUUCUGCUGUACAUCUUCUCACUAAGCAGCUAUUACAGAAAUAUCACAAGGAAGUGAGACCAGUUCAUGACUGGGCUGAGACCACCACUGUCUACCUGGAUAUAUCUGUCCAUGCUGUACUAGAUGUGGAUGCAGAGAAUCAAAUAUUAAAGACAAGUAUCUGGUACCAUGAGGUUUGGAAUGAUGAGUUUUUAUCCUGGAACUCCAGCCUGUUUGAUGAAAUUAGAGAGAUCUCCCUACCUCUAAAUGUCAUCUGGGCCCCUGAUAUCGUCAUUAAUGAGUUUGUGGACGCUGAAAGAUCCCCCGACCUUCCCUAUGUUUACGUGAACUCAUCCGGGACCAUUAAGAACUCCAAGCCCAUCCAGGUGGUCUCUGCAUGUGGUUUAGAGACAUAUGCUUUUCCGUUUGAUAUCCAGAAUUGCAGCCUGACCUUCAAUAGCGUAAUGCACACAGUGGAAGAUGUAGACCUGGCCUUCCUGAGGAGCAGAGAAGACAUAAAGCAUGACAAAAAGGUGUUUUUGAAUGACAGUGAGUGGGAACUUCUUUCUGUGUCCUCAACCUACAGUGUCCUGCACAGCAGCGCGGGAGAUUUCGCACAGAUUCAGUUUAACGUGGUGAUUCGCAGGCACCCGCUGGUCUAUGUGGUAAGCCUGCUGAUUCCCAGCAUCUUCCUGAUGCUCGUGGACCUGGGCAGCUUCUACCUGCCACCCGACUGCCGUGUGAGGAUUGUAUUCAAGACCAGUGUGCUGGUGGGUUAUACAGUCUUCAGGGUCAACAUGUCUGACGAGGUGCCAAGGACCGCAGGGAGUGUCCCUCUGAUAGGGAUCUUCUUCACCAUCUGCAUGGCCCUCUUGGUUCUCAGCUUAUUUAAGUCCAUUCUGUUGGUGAGAUUCCUCCAUGAUGAGCAGCGCAGUGGGCAGGAUUGGCCUCUCUUGUGCCUUCAAGAGGACAUAGACACUGAUGGGCCUACAGCGGAUCCCAGGGCCCAGCAUGCUGCAGUAACAGAGUCCCCAACCUAUCAAGAGCAUCAGGUCCAGGCAGGAACCCUGAGGGAAGUCUGGUCUCAGGUUCGAUCUAUCAACAACUGCCUCCGAGCUCAGGACCAGGCGCACCGCAGGGAGGCUGAGUGGCUGGCCCUCCUGUACCGCCUCGACCAACUGCUCUUCCGAAGCUACCUUGCCAUGCUGGGGCUCUACACCCUCACCCUGUGCUCACUGUGGGCGCUAUGGAGUGGCUUGUGAAGAUUUGCUUGUGAAAUUUGCUGGUCUCAAUCAAAGUACUGUCAUAGCACUUAGGGG